CGGCAAAGAAUGAUGGUUUCAUCAAAGUGUAGUACUCUUUCUUUGGUUUCUGGUUUCAUGCAAGAGUCAGAGUAGCCUGCAUGGCAGGCGGUCCCUAGAGUCAGGGUUACGGGGUUACCUGCUUUGAAAAUUUAAUAGAAUCUUAAACAUUUGCGAAGAUAAUAUGUCGAAUAGGGUCUCCUGUUUAACUAAACUAUUAAAGGUUCCAGUUGCAAGCAAAUGCAAUAAAAAUAUAAUCUACAUCAAAGGAGUAGACGGACACGUGCUUGCUGGUCCAAAGUCAUGUGGGAAAACAAGUUUACUAUUUGAACAUGCCAUUACCUGUGCUGAAAACGGGGACAGCGUUCUUUUCAUUGCACCUAAGGUUUUUACUAAACUACCAUUGUUUGUAAAUGGGCGAAAACAGCCGUCAACAGUGGUUUUAGAACGUAUUUAUAUUGUCUAUUUGGCAAAUUAUGUCGAGUUAAUAGAAUAUUUUGCAAGUGCUCAUCUGGACAGAUCACAGAAUCCACGAGUUGUUUACAGUCGACAUGUGUUGAUCGAUGAUUUUGAUUGGUAUUUUCAAGAGAAGAAGACAAGAACAGAGGACACAAAUCGAUUGGCAAAAUGCAUGGCUUAUAUGAUUGAUGCUCUAAAAUUUUGGUCUAAAAAUAUGGAAGCCUGUUCAGAUGCAACCAGCUCAUUUGUCCUUGCUGAAACUGUGCAAGGUGAUGUAAUAUUUAAUGCUGAGAAGCUAGGAUUGUAUAUGCACUGGAUUUCAAACUUCAUUCAAGUACAAAAACUUGGCAAUUCUUUCUUUUGUGUCCAGCGUAUAAAAAAUGAUGAAUGCACUCUAUUGUCAGACUUAUUACUUCAUUAUCAAAUUGAUAACAAUGCAAUUACAGUUAAAGAGCAAGAAUUUUAGUUUCUAGGCUACAUGCAUGGCCUGUGGCCUAAAUGAGAUAUGUCAGUUGUGUUAAUUGUUUUGCUGAUUUGAAGAAUAGAUUAAAUGGGUUGUUGUUUGUGACCAGAGUCACGCAAAUUGACAGUUUAAAGAGAUCAAGAGUCAAGACUGUUAAGCUUCGGGCGCUUUUUCUCAGCGAAAUAUUUCUGAUUGGAUUCGGAUAUUUUGCACUAGGACCUACUUUUUUACUAAACCAGUCUGCCCGUCAUUAGAGAAAUGAGCACGUACUACAUAAUUAUUAAAUUAGUUUGCUUGAGACAUAGAAAUUACAUUUUUUGCAAGAGUUUUAUAAGAAUAAUUUUAUCAUAUUUC